AAACGAAGGAAUGCCGAGGAGGCAAAGAAAAGAAAAUGGGAGAACCAUGGCCCUCAAGGUUCCAACAAGAAGGGGAACCACGGGGGAGGCGGAUCCUUCAAAACCCCUGCACCACCGGUAAGGGGAAAUCAAGGCCCGAGCAGGCAAAGCUCUGUGUCACAAGGCUCAGGCGUGAAGAAGUGCAGCAACUGCAAGAGGAACCACUUUGGCAAGUGCCGCGAUCCCCCGAGGUGCUAUCAAUGCGGGGAGGUCGGGCAUUUGAAGGUGAGUUGCUCACAACUUGGACGAGCCAUGGGGGCCGGACCAAGUAGUGGAACGACGGUGAGCAGGAACCGAACCGGAGCACCAAAUGCUAGCGGUGGGCACGGUGGGGCGAGUGCAAGCAACGCGCCAUCCGUAAACCAAUGAAGGACCCAAGCUCGGGUCUAUGCUAUGACGGAGGCGGAUGCUCGUGCCAACCCGGACUCCGUUGCGGUUUCAGGUAGGACUUGAAGGUUGCUACCGGUGCCCGUUGCUCGGGAUAUUCAGAGGAGGAGACGUGGUUCGUGCUUCUUCUGUUUCCUGUUUUCA